UUGGUUUGGGGUAGAUGCUAGUAGACCUUGUCUACAACUCUCCAAACCAUCUGAACAAACGAAACAUAAACAAAACCUUCACACAAACCGCGUGUGAGUGUUUGUGUUCGGAUCAUCUUCAACUAGAACAUGGCCUUCUCCUCCCACAUCGGCGGCAACACCCGCCGUGGAGGUGGGUGGGCCCAUUCCCUCCUCCCCACACGAUCAUCAUCACCAAACCCUAAAUCCAGACACUCACGAAAGUCCCGCAAACGGACGGCCCUUAAAGACUUCAUCUUCGCCAAUUUCUUCACCAUCGGACUCUUUAUCUCUCUCGUCUUCUUCUUCAUAGUCAUCUACAGAUACGGUAUUCCUAAACCCUUUUCUUCCCCCUUCAAAACCCAAACCACCUCUCGUGUCCAGAAGCUCCGAAAACCGGUGUAUCGGAAACCGCCGGUUCUGGCCGGCCGGGACGUCGUUUCGAGGGCUGCUGUGGAUUUAACGACGAAGGAUUUGUAUGAUAAGAUCGAAUUUUCGGAUGUGGAUGGUGGGCCAUGGAAGCAAGGUUGGGAGGUGAGAUACAGAGGGGACGAGUGGGAUUCGGAGAAACUGAAGAUUUUUGUUGUCCCACAUUCACAUAAUGAUCCGGGUUGGAAGUCUACCGUCGAAGAGUACUACGAUCGACAGUCGCGUCAUAUUCUCAAUACAAUUGUCGAGACACUUUCAAAGGAUGCACGCCGCAAAUUUAUAUGGGAAGAGAUGUCUUAUUUGGAGAGAUGGUGGAGGGAUGCCCCAGAAAGUAAGAGAGGAUCCUUCAUCAAAUUAGUGAAAAAUGGGCAGUUGGAAAUUGUUGGUGGUGGUUGGGUGAUGAACGAUGAGGCCAAUUCACAUUAUUUUGCUAUCAUUGAACAGAUGAUAGAGGGGAAUAUGUGGUUGAAUGACACCAUUGGGGUUGUUCCUAAAAAUUCUUGGGCAAUAGAUCCCUUUGGUUAUUCAUCUACAAUGGCAUAUCUUCUUCGUCGUAUGGGCUUUGAGAAUAUGCUUAUACAGAGGACCCAUUAUGAGCUCAAGAAGGAACUAGCUUUGCACAAGAAUUUGGAAUACGUGUGGCGACAGAGCUGGGAUGCGGAGGAAACAACUGACAUUUUUGUCCACAUGAUGCCCUUCUAUUCUUAUGAUAUUCCACAUACUUGUGGUCCAGAGCCUGCAGUUUGUUGUCAGUUUGAUUUUGCUCGAAUGCGCGGCUUCAUUUAUGAACUCUGCCCCUGGGGAGAAUAUCCAGUAGAGACCAACCAGGAAAAUGUGAAGGAGAGAGCACUAAAACUACUAGAUCAGUAUAAGAAGAAAUCAACACUAUACCGAACGAACACGCUUCUUGUUCCCCUUGGAGAUGAUUUUCGUUACGUUAGCAUUGACGAAGCAGAAGCUCAGUUUAGAAAUUAUCAGUUGUUAUUUGAUUACAUUAAUUCCAAUCCCAGCUUGAAUGCCGAGGCAAAAUUUGGUACUUUGGAAGAUUAUUUCCAAACUCUUCGUGAGGAGGCUGACAGAGUAAAUUAUUCAGUUCAGGGUGAGGUUGGCUCUGGUCAGAUUGGAGGUUUUCCUUCUCUAUCAGGUGACUUCUUUACUUAUGCUGAUCGAGAGAAGGAUUAUUGGAGUGGCUACUAUGUUUCUAGGCCUUUCUUCAAGGCUGUUGACCGUGUAUUGGAGCAAACACUUCGUGCUGCAGAAAUGAUGAUGGCUUUUUUGCUAGGAUAUUGCCAGAGAACAGUGUGUGUUAAGCUGCCUAUUGGUUUCUCCCACAAGUUGACAGCCGCAAGAAGGAACUUGGCUCUUUUUCAGCAUCAUGAUGGUGUAACUGGCACCGCUAAGGAUCACGUGGUUGAGGAUUAUGGAGUGCGGAUGCAUACUUCUUUACAGGACUUGCAAAUUUUCAUGUCCAAAGCUAUUGAAGUACUGCUUGGAAUCCGCCAUGAGAGAUCUGAUCAGAACCCAGCUCAGUUUGAGGCAGCACAAGUGAGAGCUAAGUAUGACGUUCAACCUGUGUAUAGAGCAAUUAGUGCUCGCAAAGGAAGUGCACAAUCAGUUGUCCUAUUUAAUCCUCUGGAGCAAACAAGAGAUGAGGUUGUGAUGGUAGUUGUUGACAGGCCAGAUGUGACUGUUUUGAACUCAAACUGGACAUGCGUUAAAAGCCAGAUCUCUCCUGAAUUGCAUCAUGAUAAAAGCAAGAUGUUUACAGGAAGGCAUCGAGUCCAUUGGAAAGCGUCUGUUCCUGCCAUGGGGUUGCAAGUAUAUUACAUUGCUAAUGGAUUUGUUGGAUGUGAAAAGAGCAAACCAGUGAAACUGAAAAUUUUCACAAAGUCCAACCAUUUUUCGUGCCCCACUCCAUAUACUUGCUCAAAAUUAGAAGGUGACACAGCAGAAAUCCGGAAUCGGCGUCUGACACUCACCUUUGAUGUCAAUCUUGGGUUGUUGCAGAAAAUAAGCCAUAAUGAUGGUUUUCAAAACGUUGUUGGUGAAGAAAUAGGUAUGUACUCAAGUACGGGAAGUGGAGCUUACCUAUUCAAACCCAAUGGUGAUGCUGAGCCUAUCGUCCAAGGUGGUGGGAAACUGGUGAUUUCUGAGGGCCUUUUGAUGCAGGAAGUUUACUCUUACCCAAAAACCGCCUGGGACCAAACUCCAAUCUCACAUAGCACCCGUUUAUAUAAUGGCGAUAACACCAUACAGGAAUUUCUCAUUGAGAAGGAAUAUCAUGUUGAGCUUCUUAGGCAUGAUUUCAAUGACAAGGAACUAAUAGUUAGAUACAAGACAGAUAUUGAUAACAAAAGGGUAUUCUAUUCUGAUUUAAAUGGAUUUCAGAUGAGCCGGAGAGAAACUUAUGAUAAGAUUCCUCUGCAGGGAAAUUAUUACCCAAUGCCUUCUCUUGCAUUUUUUCAAGGAUCAAAUGGUCGCCGCUUUUCUGUACAUACACGGCAGUCGUUAGGUGUGGCAAGCCUUAAAAAUGGAUGGCUAGAAAUCAUGCUUGAUCGAAGAUUGUUAAAUGAUGAUGGUCGCGGUCUUGGGCAAGGAGUACUGGAUAAUCGUCCAAUGAAUGUGGUUUUCCACAUCCUUGUGGAAUCCAACAUAUCUUCCACGUUAAAUCCUGAUUCAAACCCCCUUCCUCUAAGCCCCUCUCUUCUCUCUCAUUGUGUUGGUGCCCACUUGAACUAUCCAUUACAUGCAUUCAUUGCCAAAAAACCACAAGAAAUAUCUGUGCAGCCACCCUCAGCAUCCUUCUCUCCUUUAUCUGCUUCCUUGCCAUGUGAUUUACAUGUUGUGAGCUUCAAGGUUCCUCGGCCCUUAAAAUUUUCUCAGCAAGCCAUUGAAGACCUUAGGUUUGUUUUAAUCUUGCAGAGGCGUCACUGGGAUUCUUCAUACUGUCGAAAAGGUAGGGCGCAAUGCUCCAGUGUGGCCAACGAAUCUAUAAAUCUGUUCGACAUGUUCAAGGGGCUUGCUGUCUUGAAUGCAAAAGCUACGUCCCUGAAUCUUUUGCACGAAGACACAGAGAUGCUUGGAUAUGCUGAGCAAGUUGGAGAUGUUGAUCAAGAAGGACAUGUAGUUAUAUCUCCCAUGGAAAUACAGGCUUACAAAUUGGACUUGCGGCCCCAAGAGUGAGUACAAAACAUUGAUCCUGUAGCUGUUUCCGCAUUAAUGCUGUUUGUCUGGGUUGCUGGUAGAGGAGAAGAUUCUGUGUUCUCCUUUCCCACUGCUAAUUUGAGAAAUAUCAAGAUGUACCACCCCGUACACUGCUAUUUCAUGGACAUAUCUGACCAAGUUGAAUCUGUAGCAGGCCUGAGGUUGUUUGUUGUAGUGGAUAGAUGUUGUGAUGGUAUAGUAAAGGAUAUCCCAGCUGUAGAAGUUACUCAAAACGAUAUUCACAAGUCAAUUUUGGGUAUUAAGCAGCAGUUGUUACUUGAUAGGUAGUUAAUUUCUAGAGCUCACUAUUAAGAAUUUUUGUUUUGUUUUUUGUUUUUGUUUUUGUUUUUGUUUUUGUUUUUUGAGAGAACUAUAACGCUGGCAUUAAAUUAUUUCUGAAAUCGGGUAAUGCCCGGAUAAGUUGGUAGAGAGAAGUUUGCUCCAGGCAGAGGAGCCUUUCACAUGCAUUAUUAGAUGUUAUAGAUGAAGUAUUAUACAAUGUUAUUAGCAGUGAUGUUGAUAUAGUAUGUCUUGAUUCGAGAUGUA